UCCAGCAGUGGUUGAGCGCCCGAUCGUCUGGACCUGGACAACAUCGUCGAUACAAUUUAUUAGCUUUAGCCUAGUACAGUACUCAUUGCCAACACGCGAAAUUCUGAAUAUCAUCAGCAUGUUUUUUUCAAAAUUUCUCUACCACAUAUAGGAAUAUCUUUAAAUUAACUAGGAAUUUUCUAUUUAACUGUUUGGCAGAUGUAAAGGACUUGAAGGAUAAUUGAUUGUAUGUAUGUAUGUAUGUACACACAUAUUUAUAUACAUAACAUAUCUCGCACAAGAAUUUUUCUGUUGUCAUAAAAGCUCUACUCACUUGCCAAAUAUCUACACAUUGCAGCUAUUAAAUACAGAUAUUUUGGCAUAAAUCGAUUAGGACACAAAGAACUAUCAGUCCUUAAUGUUAUAAGAUUCAUGGAACAUGACAUCAUCCUUCAUGAGUAACGAAUUAAAUAAAGGUUUGACUAAUGUGCCACAAAUAAAAUGUCUACCUUUGCAAGAAUAUCGACAACUUCGUUUAGAUUUAGAUCAAAGUCGCCGAGAAACUGCGAGUCUUCGUCAAAAGUUGUGUUAUGCCAGAAGAAAUUUAGAGGAGGAAAAACGUAAACGUCGAGUGAUCGAGCAUCAUAAAAACAUAUUGGAAACCCAACGUAAUAUGGCUAGAGAGGUGUUGUUCCACGAUGAAGAAGCAAACUUGAACGAAGAUAUCAAGGAAAAGCUACAAUUUCUUAACAAACCCGAAAUCGACGUUAAAUAUAAUAAUCUAAACGUCCAAGAUAAACGGGGUGAUAGACAUUUGACUAGAAUAGUGGAAACAGAUUCUACAGGCUCGAUAUUAAGUGACUUGAAUUGUUUGUCCAAAUCGGAAGAUGAUUUGGAUACCGAUAUCAUUGUAAAGGCUCAAAGAGAGAAAAAAUGGAAAGAAUAUAAACCUAAUGGUGAAUGUUGCACAAUGAAUAAACAGGGAAGCACGUUAGAUAAACGUGCAAAUGUUAAACUCCACCAAGUUGCCAAGACUACGAAAGAAUAUAUUGAUUCCAAACUGUCGAAUGCUGAAGCGUCUUCUGCGAAUCAUAGCUUUAUGUCAAAGAUAGUUAUUAAACCGGAAACGUGUACUCCAUGUGGUAAAAGAAUCAGGUUUGGAAAGAUAGCACUCAAGUGUAGAGCGUGCCCGGCUACGUGUCACCCUGAAUGCAGGAUUCAAAUUAUUUCGGUUCCAUGCGGGUGCGGUAAAUCUCAGCAAAGGUAUUCGACGGGAUCUGUAAGUACCGCCAUGUGUGCGUAUAUAUGCAACUUUUUACAUACGUGUCACAACAGUAUUUCAGGUAAAGGCACAAAGUAAAGACGGCGCUUGGAAGUUUGCUGCUUAACGGUGGACUAGUGUGGAAUAAUAAAAAGCAGGAUACCGCGGUGAAAUUUAAUUAAAUCUUUAUUAAAAAUUAAAUUAAAUUAAAUUUGUCA